AUGCGUUUCGCCGCCCCCGCCGUUGCCUUCGCCGGCCUUGCCGUCGCCAGCUACUACGAGGCCCCCGCCGUCUCUGCCCCUUACGAGGCUCCCGCCGUUUCUUCGGCCCCCGCCGUCGUCUCCUCGGCUCCCGCCUACGAGUCGGUCUCUGCUCCCGCCCCUCUCGAGACUGAGUACUCCACCAAGUACUUCACCGUCACCGACUGCCCCGACACCGUCACCGACUGCCCCGCGCACUCGACUGUCAUCACCUCGUCGGUUGUCCCCCUGACCACCUCCACCAUCUACGAGACCCGCGAGCACACCGUCACCAGCUGCCCUCCUACCGUCCCCAAGUGCCCCGCCGACUCCACCAAGGUCAUCACCGAGACCAUUGCCGUCUCCACGACCGUCUGCGAGGUCACCCCCACCGAGGUCUACCCCCACCCUCCCCACGCCACCGAGACUGGCAACAAGCCCGAGGAGCCUGAGCACGUUCCCACCAAGCCCGCCUACCCCGAGCAGCCUGAGCACCCCACCAAGCCUGCUCAGCCCGAGCACCCCACCAAGCCUGCUUACCCUGAGGAGCCCUCCAAGCCCACCACUCCUGCUCACCCCGAGUACCCCGAGGUUCCCUCCAAGCCCGAGCACCCCACCAAGCCGGCUCACCCUGAGGAGCCCGUCUGCGUUCCCACCAAGUCCGUGAAGACCAUCUCGACCUCGGUCACCACCGUCGUCCCCACCGUCAUCUACGAGACCGUUGAGGUUCCCUGCCCUACUCCCUCUGCUCCCUCUGCCACCAUUCCCGUCCACCCUCCUGCCGUCCCCACCUACCCCGCCGGCCACGGCAACCAGACCGUCCCUGCCGUUCCCACCGGCACCGCCCCCGUUGAGGCCGGUGCUGCCGGUGUCUCCGGCUCCGUCUUCGUCGCGGCCUUCGCCGCCCUCGCCGCCUACGCUUUCGCUUAA